AAUUGUCUAUAUUAGAAGUUUCUUUUUUGUUCUUCAUUUCUUCUCCUAUUUGAUUGCGAGAUGUGACUUGGAGAUGAUGCUUGUAUUUUUUUGUGUGUUCAGUAAAAGUAAGAGAAAAUGGCUACAUAUAAACCCAAGAACAUCCUCAUCACUGGUGCAGCUGGCUUCAUUGCCUGUCAUGUUGCUAACCGCCUCAUCCGUAGUUAUCCAGACUACAAGAUUGUCGUUCUCGACAAGCUUGAUUACUGCUCUAACCUAAAAAAUCUUUCCCCUUCUCGCUCCUCCCCCAACUUCAAAUUCGUCAAGGGUGAUAUUGCCAGCGCUGACCUUGUCAAUUACCUCCUCAUCACCGAGUCCAUUGAUACCAUUAUGCACUUUGCUGCACAAACCCAUGUAGAUAAUUCCUUUGGAAACUCAUUUGAGUUCACCAAGAAUAAUAUUUAUGGAACCCAUGUCCUCCUUGAGGCCUGCAAGGUCACCGGCCAAAUUAGAAGAUUCAUUCAUGUCAGCACUGAUGAGGUCUAUGGGGAGACUGAUGAGGAUGCUAUGGUUGGAAAUCACGAGGCAUCUCAGCUGCUCCCAACAAACCCUUACUCUGCAACUAAAGCCGGGGCUGAAAUGCUUGUUAUGGCCUAUGGAAGGUCAUAUGGGCUACCAGUUAUAACUACUCGUGGAAAUAAUGUCUACGGACCGAAUCAGUUUCCAGAAAAGCUUAUUCCAAAAUUUAUUCUGCUGGCUAUGAGAGGGCAACAGCUUCCAAUUCAUGGAGAUGGUUCUAAUGUUAGAAGCUAUCUAUAUUGCGAGGAUGUUGCAGAGGCUUUUGAGGUGGUUCUUCACAAAGGAGAAGUUGGCCAUGUUUAUAAUAUUGGAACGAAGAAAGAAAGGAGGGUGAUUGAUGUGGCUAAAGAUGUCUGCAAGCUUUUCUCGCUGGACCCAGAUAAUGUCAUUAAGUUUGUAGAGAACAGGCCUUUCAACGAUCAGAGGUAUUUUCUUGAUGACCAGAAACUGAAGAAAAUAGGAUGGUCAGAAAAGACCUCAUGGGAAGAGGGAUUGAAGAAGACUAUGGAGUGGUACACAAACAACCCUGAUUACUGGGGAGAUGUUUCUGGAGCUCUGCUGCCUCAUCCAAGGAUGCAGAUGAUGCCAGGGACCGAGAGGCAGUUAGAUGAUGAAGAGAUUAGGAGCUUGGUUGCUAAGCCAACAGUCGACUAUACUCAGAAAAUGGUGACUCCAGUUCUAAAAUCAUGUACUUCUCCUCGGCCUUCAUUGAAGUUCUUGAUUUAUGGCAGAACUGGGUGGAUUGGAGGUCUUCUUGGGAAAAUAUGUGAGAAACAAGGGAUACCAUAUGAAUAUGGUAAGGGACGGCUCGAGGAUCGUUCUCUUCUGCUGCAGGAUAUUCAGAAUGCGAAGCCAACACAUGUUUUUAAUGCUGCUGGUGUAACUGGCAGGCCAAAUGUUGACUGGUGUGAGUCCCAUAAACCGGAAACAAUCAGAACCAACGUUGUAGGCACUUUGACUCUAGCGGAUGUUUGCAGGCAGCAUGGGUUGUUAGUGAUGAAUUAUGCUACUGGUUGUAUAUUUGAGUAUGACAAACAACACCCUGAAGGGUCUGGUAUUGGGUUCAAGGAAGAAGACACACCGAACUUUGCUGGUUCUUUCUACUCAAAGACCAAGGCAAUGGUGGAAGAGCUUCUGAAAGAAUAUGAGAAUGCGUGCACCCUGCGAGUCCGAAUGCCCAUCUCCUCGGACCUUACCAAUCCACGUAACUUCGUUACAAAGAUAUCUCGCUAUAACAAGGUGGUGAACAUACCGAACAGCAUGACUAUCUUAGACGAGCUUCUUCCAAUAUCAGUUGAGAUGGCAAAGCGAAACUUGAAGGGGAUUUGGAACUUCACCAAUCCUGGUGUUGUGAGCCAUAAUGAGAUCUUGGAGAUGUAUAAAACAUACAUUGACCCCAAAUUUAAGUGGGAGAACUUCACUUUGGAAGAGCAGGCCAAAGUCAUAGUUGCUGCUCGGAGCAAUAACGAGAUGGACGCUUCAAAGUUGAAGGCAGAGUUUCCUGAGUUGCUGUCCAUCAAAGAUUCUCUUGUUAAGUAUGUAUUUGAGCCCAAUAAGAAGGUCUAAUAAAUGGAGCAGUGAAAUGAGAACCAGGGGACCUAAGCUUUGAAUUAGUUUCUGCAGCCUGCAUGAUCUUAAAUGGACUAGCUACCAGUAUUCUUGUUAUCAAAUUUAGUCAUUAUACAAUUUGUUAUUCUGAGUUUUUGACUAUCACAAAUGCAAUUGAAACAGUUCUAGGUUUACUAUUGGUCAUUUUGUUGUUUCUUGCUUAUUAUCCGUUUUGAUUUUUCCUAUAUCUAUAGCAUUGUCUUUUGGUGAGGGGCACUGAAAUCUAGCAGUCAUGUAAUGAAUUGAUAUGAAUGAAUCUCUUUUUUGCA